UGUUAUUUUCACUUAAAUAUAGCUACUCUUUUUAGGAUAUUUUUUAAAUACCGAAAUUAAAUUAAUCGACGUCAUUGUUGUUUCUCAUGCUGCUUAUAUAGCCUACUUAUUCCAUCGCCUAAUAAUGAAAAACACUCCCUCUACUACAUAUACACAGCUUUAUCCAGACCUGUCAAUCUGCCGGGCAUCCAUGAGUUCACUGCAAUGGGUUUGCUUGAUGACAGACAGAUUGACUAUUACAACAGCCAAGAUCAGAAGAAGAUUCCUAAACAGCACUGGAUGAAAGAGAAAAUGCAGGAAGAUUACUGGGAAAAAGGCACCCAGUCCAGAAAGAGCAAAGAACAGUGGUUUAAUGUGAACGUCAACAUUCUGAUGGACCGAAUGAGACACAAUAAAUCAGAUCUUCAUGUUCUUCAGUGGAGACAUGGUUGUGAAAUUGACAGUCAGGACGAUGAUGUUCGGUUUUCUAAAGGCAUUGAUGAGUACAGUUAUGAUGGAGAAAACUUCUUGUCUUUUGAUGAUGCGGAUUCUCAGUGGGUUGCCCCAGUGGACGCAGCUCUUCCAACCAAGAGGAAAUGGGAUAAUGUGCCCAUCCUAAAUCAGUACACUAAGGGCUACCUGGAAAAAGAGUGUGUGGACUGGCUUAACAAAUUCAGAGAAUAUGGAAAUGAGGAGCUUAGAGAAGGCUCUCCCCCAGAUGUUCAUGUGUUUGCAAGGAGCAUUAUCAAUGGCAAAGCCAAGCUAAAACUCACUUGUCUGGCUACUGGAUUCUACCCCAAAGAUGUGUAUUUGACCAUAAGGAAAUACCGCAUGGCACUGCUUGAUAAAGAUCUAGAAUCCUCAGGAGUUAGACCAAACCAUGAUGGGACCUUUCAGCUUAGAAUGAGCACUUACAUCUACGAGGAUGAAAAAGCAGAAUAUGACUGUUAUGUGAAGCACAGAACCCUUGGAGCACCAAUUAUCAAAAAAUGGGAUGGGAAAUGCAGCGAUUGCUCCAAGGUGACUUUCCUUGGUAUGAUUGUUGGAGCAAUAAUCGGAGCAGUGUUUGUGCUGACAGUCAUUGGCUUGGUAAUUUUGGUCUUAACAAGGAAGAAAGCUCCCAAGAAACCCUUUUACAAAAACGGAAUUGGGGAUAAUGAUCCAAGUGCAAUACCGCUAAAUAAUAAUCAACACAUUGAACCAUCUGUGAAGGAGUCCAAAAAUAAACCGACAGCUGCAGAAGGACAAUCUACUGGUGGAGAUCUGAAAAGUUAAAGUCCGAUUAUUUUGGAAGAUUUGUAUUGGCAGAAUGACAGUUAAAUCUGUUGACAGUUUUCUGAAAAUCUGGUUUUGUUUAUUUAUAUAUAUAUAUAUAUAUAUUUGUUUUUGCCUUAUUUCUCCAACAUCUAAAAGAGGAAAGUAGACACAUUUUCAAUACCAGUUUUAAAAAUAAGCACUUUAUAGCAACCAUAAAAGUAAUUCAGAGCUUGUCUGAUGAAAGUAUUAUAAAAUGAUCCUCGACGCUCCAUAAAAAGUAAAGCAUUCCUUUAUACUUUUUGGUUUCUCACUGAAUUGUAAAAUGAUGUUGUGAUUGUUUUAUUUUAGUUGCUUAAUUUAAAUUUCAUUCUCGGCUUUUAUAUAUAUAUAUAAUGUUUGAUCUAAUAUUUCUUCAUGAUAUGAGAUGCAUCAGUGUUAUAAUGUAUAUAUUCAUGCUGUUCAUUAGGGGCCUUAAGCUAUUUCCUAAAUGUGGUUUAUUCCAUUUCUGUCAUUUACUGUGUUUUCAGAAACUGAUGAAUACCACUGUUUUUACUGUAGUGGCCUCUGAUGUACAUAUUAUUUCUAGUGUUUCUGUUUGUCUGUUAAUCUGUACAUUAUUUUUGUCUCAAUAUGAUUAAUGAGGUAAAGUUGGCACAUUCAGACUUUCUCCUUGAUAAUAUAGUUUCAGAAAAUUGCUCUUUGCUAAUUCUAAAUAGUGAAAUGAUGUUAGCAGCCAAUGAAUAUAAAAAAACAACAUUGCUCACUGUCAAAUAAAUAGUGCUAAUGUUGUUUUAAAGUCUUACUUACAUGUGAUUUCAAGUCAAAUAAUUAUGGUAAACAAUAUAGGCAGCAUGUCAUAAGUUGUCACUGAACGAAUGCAUGGAUAUAACACCAAUUUUACCUCAAUAUGUAGUUUUGCCUUUGUUUAAAAUCUGAGCACCUUGUGGACUUUUGCACUUUUUUGUUAAUAUUAAGAUGACAGUACAAAAAGGAUAUUGUGAGCAUUACUGUUAUUGACUGUAAUUAAAAACUAAAGUGUAUUUAA